CUUUUCAAAUCAAAGAAUUUUCAGACCUGGAAAAAUAAUGAAAAAGCUGAUCCUUCUCUCAUUUCUUCUAUGGGUCGGUCUAAUAACCGGUUUACCAGAAACCGGUUUAUCUAGACAGAAGCGGCAGUCUGGGCGGGCCAACGUGCAGGUGAAUCGUUCUGGAAGCCGGGGUAGGCAAACUGUAGCUUCUAAGGGAAGCGUAUCGGGUCGGGCCACCGUGCAGGGAUGUACGAUGACCCCUUCUGGAAUUGAUAACAUUUUAACCCCAGCGAAAGAGAACGCAAUCAUCUCUGUCACAUGUACAACAGAUACAGCCCCGGAUUCUUGUGUCUUCCAACACGCGGCUCCGAUGGAUGUAGGUCUUGUUACCAGUGCCGGCGGAAGCGCAGCUAAUGACCAGUAUAAUACGAAAUGCACUGCAACUCUUCAGACUAAUGGACAAACGUGUCCGGAUGAUUCUAGGAUAACAUACGUUAUGACAUCAACAUCAUGUGGAUUCAGAAUCAGCAAGGCAGAGCCUGAUGAUACAGGGAGAUGGAUUCUAACAGUGUCUGAGGCGAUGGCAUCUGGUUCAAUGGUAGAUAACACUAAAACAGUUACAAUCUAUACUUUCAACAGAACCCUCACAGAUAUCACAGAUGAUAGAGAUUCUCUUAUCACAAGGAAUGUUGAUGCAUGGUUUAAUUAUGAUGAUAACGAAGAGGAGUGGAGAGCUGGCAGUAUAGGAGGUUGGGAGCAAGUUGAGUUAAACUGUAAUGCUAGGGGAGGUAGACCUGAACCUAAGAUUAGGUGGUAUAUAAACAAUGAUGACCGCAAUGCCUUUGGUGGAGAAUCUGGAAGCAGUGAUGCUGAUAAAGUAUUCAGUGUCAGAGAAAGCUAUGGGACAACGUAUGAUGAUGAAGGUUAUAUACGAGACAAAAUAUCUCAACUUAUAUUUGAUGUUGACAGGGACCUAUUAAACUACCUAUGGGAGAAAAAUCAGAUUAACUCGAAUCCAACAACAGGACAGUUUACAUUCGAUCUUGUCUGUGAGGUUAAUCAAGGAGACUAUGGGAUGGAGAAAAUUAGUACAACAAUAACAAUUAAAAGAAUUUAUUUCGAAGAUAGACUGAAAACCAGCACCAUCGGAUGGAUUGUUGGAGGAGUCCUGGUUGGAAUCCUUCUUAUCCUGAUCAUUCUGGUGGCAUUGUGGGCCAAGGCUUCCGGUCGAUGGUGCUUCGAGGACGACGAGUACAGUUACGGGAACCCCAACGAUCCUAAGAGAAGACCGCGGACACAAGCUCAGGUUUACAGCGCUGAAGACACUGAUUCGUCUGGACCUGUGAAAGCCAUGAGAUAUGCUCCUACUGCCCCUAGUAGGACUACAACUACUCUAGUUGGACAGGUCCAAGGGUCCCCGGCCCCUACACCUAAUACUCAGGGUCCUCUCUUUAUCAAAAAUAAAAAUCAGGUUAGAAAGUAAAGUUUAAAGUUUUUC